GUUAUUGAGAUGCAUUCCGUGAAACGAAGACCUCUUAAGGCAGAUGUUGUCUGUCCUGAAGUCUGGAUAUAAUUAAUGUUUUUGUGUAAAAGCCUGAAUGCUUCAUUGUGCUCACAUUGGACUGUAAGCUAACCAGCUAGUGCACUAAAGAUAGCAAGCUACUGUUAGCUGCUUCACAUCCUUUGGCAGUAAUCCGUGCUAUCUGAGGAACACACACACACACACACACACACACACACACACACACACACACACACACACACACACAGACACAGAGAGAGCUAGGACAAAUUCGAGCCACAUCUUUGAAUCUAAGGAACCAUGACGACGGCUCGCUAUAGGCCCACCUGGGACCUGGCUCUGGACCCGCUGGUGUCCUGUAAGCUGUGUCUAGGAGAGUUCCCCCUGGAGCAGAUGACCACCAUCGCACAGUGUCAGUGUGUGUUCUGCACGCUGUGCCUGAAGCAAUAUGUAGAGCUUCUCAUUAAGGAGGGCCUCGAAACUGCGAUCAGCUGUCCAGAUUCUGCCUGUCCGAAACGAGGACAUUUACAAGAAAAUGAGAUUGAGUGCAUGGUGGCGUCAGAGAUAAUGCAGAGAUACAGGAAGCUGCAGUUUGAAAAAGAGGUGCUCUUGGACCCAUGCCGGACAUGGUGCCCGUCGUCAUCGUGCCAGGCCGUGUGCCAGCUGAAGGAGGCGGACUCCUCCCGGCCGCAGCUGGUACGCUGUGGUAACUGCACGCUGGAAUUCUGCUCAGCCUGCAAGGCCAGUUGGCACCCAGGCCAGGAGUGUCAGGAGAACCCACCCAUUACUGCCUUUCUGCCUGGAGAGAGCAGUUCUUUCUUUAAGAAUGACGACGACGAUGCUCCGAUCAAGCGCUGUCCCAAAUGUAAGGUCUACAUCGAACGAGACGAAGGUUGUGCCCAGAUGAUGUGCAAGAACUGCAAGCAUGCGUUCUGCUGGUACUGCCUGGAGUCUCUAGAUGACGACUUCCUCCUGAUCCAUUACGAUAAAGGACCCUGCCGCAACAAGCUAGGCCACUCCAGAGCCUCUGUGAUUUGGCACAGAACACAGGUCAUCGGUAUCUUUGCUGGUUUCGGCCUCCUCUUGCUGGUAGCCUCUCCAUUCCUGCUUCUGGCCACACCGUUCGUGCUGUGCUGCAAGUGUAAGUGCAGCAAAGGAGAUGAUGACCCCUUACCAACUUAACGGACGCCACGGCUGCCAUCUCCUUUUGUUUUCUUUUUUUCCUCUCCCCCCACACACUCCGGCUUGGAGCUCUUGGAGUGCAUUCGAAGCCGCACUGCGACCCAUCUCACGCCACAACUUGGCUCGGUUCCAGGAGACUGGUAGCAGAUAGCGGGCACCCUGGCAUGAUGGCACCAGGCAAUACCUUACACAUGUGCUGCAUGUAACGCAGUACAUGGGAGCGGUGGGGUUGCCAGUUGUGCACUCUCGGGGUGUUCUGGUUCUUAGGGGACGUGAUUUGUUUAAUUCAAUGCCUGUUGUUCUAGUUGGGGGAUUUGGGAUAGUGGAUCUGCUUGUGGAGAGCUCAUUAAUGAAAUACAUACACACACUGCACUACAUGUAGCUCUGUGUGUAUAGUAGCACUUGGGUCACUCAUCACUUUAUCGGGUUUCUCACUCUAACUUGGACACACAAGGGGCUCAUUGGUCACUUUACAGUCUGCUGUGUGAGUAGGGUCUUUUAAUCAAAUGUACAGCAUGGUGUUUACUUUUUUUUUUUUUAAAUCACAUUGUCAUGUUUUCUUCUUGUUCUUAAUGCAACGGUAAGCUCACCAAACUUUUACUUCAGCAUUGCUGCUAUUAAUAUUUAGCAGGAGGCAUACCAUGACCUAACUUCAUGCUAGCUGCCUUUUAUUUUAUUUCUAAAAAAAUUCUUUUCCUCCGUCUCAUUGGAACAGUUUAGCUUUUCCUACAGCAUGCAAAUUUCUUCACAAAGCACUUUACCAAAUCGACUGAAGCAUGUUAGUAAAACGGCCCAAAUUCCGAGCACCAAAAACAUUUCCAAAUCAAAGAAGUUUAAACCACAAUCUGGCACGCUUUUAAACAGAUCCCUUUAAAAGAGCAGCGUAACCAGUGCCACAUGCAUGUGUAUUUCGUUCGUGUGACUUUAAACAGGGAAAAAAUAAAACAGUGCAGUCACUGUCAUUGUGGCAUUGAUUCUAAACUCAAGACUGUUUAGAUUUGUAACUUUCUAAUUGAAGUCUAGCACUCUAUCUAUGCAAGUUUGGAAAAGCUGUGGGUUGUACGGUCUGUUUGUCCUGCAGGUGAAACAGCGCCUCCAACAGGACACCAGGACGUGUUGCAGACCUAAAUGUUACACCCAAACGCCGGGGUCACCUUCUUAUUAAACACUUCAGAAGCCUGUAACUAUUAGAAACUGAUUAUAAUUUAAAUAAUUUGUCAUGAUAUGCACUUACAGGGGGCCUGUAGUCAAUGUAGUCGAGCUCUUGUUCCAUAUCAUUAAUUGAGAAGAAAAAAAAAAGCUGAAUUCAUCUUGUCGAGCAGAAGAGAAUGUGUUAAUGUAGCUGGACAGUAUGUAGUUCUCUAGAACUGUGGAGAUCUUUUCCCGUGUUCAUCAAGUAAAGGUGCAUUAUUAGGAGAAUAAUAUAUGUCUAAGCAUUUGUUUGUUUUUGCACGACUUUUCAGUAGUAAAACUUUUUUCACAUUGUUCACUAGUUAAUGUCGUUCUUCAGUAGCGAUCAGCAUUGAGACAGUUUUAGCCUUAAGUUCUGAGUACCUCACUAAAUCCCUCACUCUUGUAGCUUUGUUUCCUGUCAUUUAUUCUCAGGUCUACCUGAAUGAAGCAGUUUGUUACGGAGUUGUUUAUUUGUUAUGUACAUAUGUUACCCCGGGUGACAUUCGUGCCAAGCAACUUUAGAAAGCAGGAGACAUUCUUGACAUGCAAAAAUAUGUGCUUGUGUAUUUUGGCCCUUUGUUCUGUGGUCUAAAUUUUUCAUGUGGCUGACUCAUCUUUGAAACAUGUCUUUGUUUUAUUAUAGAUAUGCACACACACACACACACACACACACACACACACACACGCAUGCACACACACAUGCACACACAUACACAAACUGCAAAAAAGAUGACAGUCCUAGCAACUGAAAUGUUUUUUUUAAUAGACUCCGAGUAUUUUACUCAUAAAAGAUUAGUCAGCAAAUUAUAUGAAUAUUAAAUUUUAGUCAUUUCAGACUUGCUGUAGUCUUGAGUUACUGGCGGAUAAUUCGUCAAAUUGGAAGCAUUUGUUUCUAAAAGCUAUAAAUACAUAGAAGCAUUUGAAAACAGGCAGAACAAUGAAUUUAUAAUAAUCUCACUAUAAGAAAUGUAACUUAAAUCUUCCCAUUUUGGGAACUUCCUAAUGUUCACUUGCUAAGAUGUCUCUUUUGCAGUACUUUUUUUUUUUUUUUUUUUUUUUUAUAAC